AUGCUAGCGCAUGAAAGAUCCAUGUUCCAGAGGGGGCUGAAGAGGAAGCCUAUGGCUGUCGUCAAGAGGCUGCGCAAGGCGAAAAAGGAGGCACCUGCUGGUGAGAAGCCGGAGCCUGUCAGGACUCACCUUCGCAACAUGAUCAUUGUGCCAGAGAUGAUAGGCAGCGUAAUUGGAGUGCACAAUGGGAAAACGUUCAACCAGGUUGAGAUCAAGCCUGAGAUGAUUGAGCACUAUCUUGCUGAAUUCUCCAUCAGCUACGAGCCCGUCAAGCACGGAAGGCCCGGUAUCGGUGCUACCCACUCCUCGAGGUUCAUUCCUCUCAAGUGAACUAUCCCAGCGCAUGCUCAUGUCUGCGCCAAAGUUUUCAGGACCUCUGUUUAUCUAUUUUCGGAUA